AUGGCUCAAAAUACGACUUCAUCGACUCCAAAUAUCACCUCAGAAGAAAGCAAACUGAAGCAAAUCUCCGACCUCAUCAAAAAGCUCCACUGGGUACCAAAAAGCUAUUUCGAGCACUUUCUGAAUGCAAAAUCAGCGGCCUCGAUCUGCAAGCGACGACUCUGGGGAUCACCGGGUCCAGGCUGGGACUCGACAAAGAGGCUAUUGGAAUCAAUCAAGCGCGUUGUACGGAAGUAUAGCAAGGGCAAGCAGCUUUGGGAUGACUUCAUAAUGGAGGAGGCAGAAACCAACGACUGGGAAAUUUCCAAGAGGCUCUGCUACAGCUCGCACGAUUUGAAUGAGGCCUUUUUCACUCCGGAGGCACGAGCAGAGCGUUUGGAUCAUAUCACAGAUUCGAUGAAGUUUUUGUACAAUUUACUGAUGAAUAAGCUAGCCCGACCUGACACUGGGGAUGAUUUGGACAAUGAAGAGAAAGAUACCAAUACCAGCUAUGUCAAUCUUCCGCCUUUGGAGCCUCCCCUCCCUUCUCCGGAUGCACCACAUCCACCGCCCCUUGAUCCCAGUCCAUCCGAACCACUUGAUCCCAAUGCAAAAAUUCCAAUUGCUUUGUCCGAGGACGACGUAAUGGAGCUUAAGCAACUGAUGCAUUUACUGAACAUCGAGUCGGGGAUGAAUGUGAUUCAGCAAUCCCACCACAAUCAAAUCACUAACUUAUCAAUGAACUCGUUUAUUAGCUUUGCAAAGCAGUACAACAUCUGCUUGGCUGAGGAGAAACCCAAAGAAUUCAUCCCAAUAUUAACUUCAGAUGUUUACCACGAAGGCGUAAAUAAAAUCAAAGAAGACUUCAAAAAUCGGAAAGGCGGACUUGAUCGAUUGAAGCCGCCCUACAUGUUUGACCAAGAGAUGGAUGGUGGUUCUGACGAGUCCAAUGGGUCCAACAGUUUCAGCACAUCCAAUGAUUCCGAUAAAUCCGAUAAAUCCAACAAGUCCACGAGUUCCAAAGAAACUUCUGAAUCCUCUGGCACAUCAGAUGAUUCAGAUUCAUCAGCGUCUCUCCUCGGCUUCAAUGACUUCGGCGGCUCGAGCGCGUUUGAAACCCUCCAACGCAAUCACAUCCUCUGCACGUUUGGCGAUGAGGAUUCAUCUCGAGCCUGA